GACAGUUGACAGCACGACCAACUUCCAUUUUUUUAAAGUUGAAUUCUUUUUGGAUUCUCUUCUCACAUCCAAACCAAAACUGUAAUAAUAAAAUACAAAAAAAUUUAAUUAAAAAUAAGGUUUUUUUUUGAUACGGAGGAUUUUGUUCUCAUCUUUUAAGUAUACUGAGGAUUUUGUUGGACAAUUUCUUACCUCCAUUAUUGGCAUAGAGAAACAGAGAAACAAAGAACCAAACAAAAAAAGAAAAGAAAAGAGAGAAGAUGGAUUUGGUUCAGAUGCAGAAGAGUUUGCAAGAUUACACCAAAUCACUCUUCUUGGAAGGGAUUUUGGACAGCCAGUUCUUGCAGCUGCAGCAACUACAAGAUGAAAGCAAUCCUGAUUUUGUUUCACAAGUUGUCACACUCUUCUUCCAAGACUCUGAUAGGAUUCUCAAUGAUCUCUCACUUUCCCUAGAUCAACAAGUUGUAGACUUCAAAAAAGUUGAUCCCCAUGUUCAUCAACUCAAAGGUAGCAGCUCCAGUAUAGGAGCACAGAGAGUUAAGAAUGCUUGUGUUGUCUUCCGCAGCUUCUGCGAGCAACAAAAUGUCGAAGCAUGUCAUAGAUGUUUGCAACAAGUGAAGCAAGAGUACUAUCUUGUGAAGAACAGAUUAGAGACUCUGUUCAAGCUGGAGCAGCAGAUUGUAGCUUCUGGCGGAAUGAUCCCGGCAGUGGAACUCGGAUUUUGAGUGAACUUCAUAAACAUCUCUGCCCAUUGUUGUUUCAGUUUGGAACUCUCGUCUUCUUCUCUUUUUGUUACUAUCCAAAAAAGGUUCUUGUGAACUUCUUUCUUUGUGCCAUUGGAAGAGUGAGACAUGCUAAAACGUUUCUUAAUCCACACCUAAAUCCCACUUAUGUAUAAUAAGAUUUCAAGCAUAAUAGUCAUGUCUAUAUAGAGUUUGAUUUAGAUAA